AUGCAAAAGCACUUUCACAGGUUAGCCGGAAGGUUACAGCUCUUCCUAAUUGAACUUCUAAAAGAGGUGCUCAAACAAGCUAGUUGCAACCAGACAGAACGUUUUCGAAAGCUUCUGGAUGCAUUAAGAGAAAAUCUAGAUAAAAAUGAAUAUGAUCAUAUUGGAAGUGCCUUACUUUGGCAAAAUCAUAAAAAAGCCCUAGAUGAGAUGUACAUUCGUAUCGAUGAAUUUGAUAUUGAAAAAAAAAUUCAAUCAUUUACAACCUGUCCGCCUUACAAGCUCAGGUCCUUGAGUGUACGUGAAAACUCUUCAGAAGAAGUCAUAAAACUUGAAAGACUUCCAUCUGAAUGUUUGACUCAUGUCCUGACCUAUAUAAACUCUCCACAGGACCUUGAAACGGCGUCUUUGGCUUCAAGUGCACUAGCCAGUGUAGUUGCAGAUAAAUACUUCUGGAAAACUUUAACACUAGCACACUUUGAUAUAAGUCAGAUACCAACCGUUAAUUAUGGUCUCCCUGGAUGGCAUACUCGAUCUCCAGCAUCAAUUGAUGAUUGUGAUUGGAAACGAGCCUAUGUCAGAUUGCUCAAAAUAUACGGAGACAAUCAUAUUUAUCCAGCUAAGCUAGCUGUCUGCGAAGUUUGCUUCUGUUUGUUUUGGCCGAUAUUUGGACAUCCUUGCCAUUAUCCUGAUAAAGAACAACGUAUCCGUCUUCUUACUCCAAAUGAAUUUAUUACGCUCUUCCAAAUCUAA